UCCUCGCCUUGACCAUGCACCUCAGUCAGCAUAUCGUCGUGCUAUUUCUGUGGCUCUGCUGCGCUCUACUCGGCGUUCGAGGCCAGCCUUGGCGUUGGGGACCUGCCUCGAAUAGUGGACCGAUCGGUGGACCCGCCUGGAAUGGAGGGUCUAACGAAACCACCGACAACAUAGUCAUCCACUCGAACGGCGGCGGAAAGUGGCGUUACUAAUUUAAAACAUUCACUUUGUUGCAAUUCUAAAAAUGGAUAUUGUUUUGUAACUAUUUUUAACAUGAAAAUUUAACAGUCACGACCCAGUCACUGUCAUACUUUAAAGUUUUUAUGAUCAUAUACGUAACAAUAUUUAAAAUAUACUCAAAUAAAUA